AUGCCCAGCCGCGCGGGCGGGCCCGCCAUGCCGCUGUCGCCCACGCGCCUGUCGCGGCUGCAGGAGAAGGAGGAGCUGCGGGAGCUCAACGACCGCCUGGCGCACUACAUCGACCGCGUCCGCGCGCUCGAGCUCGAGAACGACCGGCUGCUGCUCCGCAUCUCCGAGAAGGAGGAGGUGACCACGCGCGAGGUGAGCGGCAUCAAGGCGCUGUAUGAGUCAGAGUUGGCAGAUGCCCGGAGAGUGCUGGACGAGACGGCCCGAGAGCGCGCCCAGCUGCAGAUUGAGAUGGGGAAACUGAAAGCCGAGCUGGAGGAGGCCAGCAAGAGCGCCAGGAAGAGGCAGGGUGAGCUCACAGUGGCCCAGGGCCGUGUGAAGGACCUGGAGUCGCUGUUCCACCGGAGUGAGGCGGAGCUGGCCGCUGCCCUCAGUGACAAGCGUGGCCUAGAGAAUGACGUGGCAGAGCUGCGGACCCAGCUGGCCAAGGCAGAGGACGGUCACGCAGUGGCCAAAAAGCAGCUGGAGAAGGAGACGUUGAUGCGCGUAGACCUGGAGAACCGCUGCCAGAGCCUGCAGGAGGAGCUCGACUUCCGGAAGAACGUGUUUGAGGAGGAGGUGCGGGAGACACGGCGGCGGCAUGAGCGCCGCCUGGUGGAGGUGGACAGCAGCCGGCAGCAGGAGUAUGACUUCAAGAUGGCCCAGGCGCUGGAGGAGCUGCGCAGCCAGCACGACGAGCAAGUGCGGCUCUACCGGCUGGAGCUGGAGCAGACGUACCAGGCCAAGCUGGACAGCGCCCGGCUGAGCUCCGACCAGAACGACAAGGCCGCCAGCGCCGCGCGGGAGGAGCUGAAGGAGGCCCGCAUGCGCCUCGAGGCCCUCAGCUACCAGCUCUCUGGCCUCCAGAAGCAGGCAAGUGCUGCCGAGGACCGGAUCCGGGAACUGGAGGACACGAUGGCGGGAGAGCGGGACAAGUUCCGGAAGCUGCUGGACGCCAAGGAGCAGGAGAUGGUGGAGAUGCGGGAUGUAAUGCAGCAGCAGUUGGCCGAGUACCAGGAGCUGCUGGACGUCAAGCUGGCCCUGGACAUGGAGAUCAGCGCCUACCGCAAGCUCCUGGAGGGCGAGGAGGAGAGGCUGAAGUUGUCCCCCAGCCCGUCCUCACGCAUCACCAUCUCGCGGGCCACCUCGAGCAGCAGUGGUAGCAGCGUGUCAAUAGCCACACGCUCGGGCCGCAGCAAGCGCAAGAGGCUGGAGGCCGAGGAGCCGGGGCAGCGGCUCGAGCGGGUUGGGCACGGGCAGCAGCGGCAGCAGCAGCAGCAGCUUCCACCUGGCACAGCAGGCCUCGGCCUCGGGCAGCGUCAGAUCGAGGAGAUCGACCUGGAUGGCAAGUUUGUGCGGCUGAAGAACAACUCAGACAAGGAUCAGUCUCUGGGAAACUGGAGGAUCAAGAGGCAGAUUGUGGAGGGGGACGAGAUUGCCUACAAGUUCACGCCCAAGUACGUCCUGCGGGCUGGCCAGACGGUCACGGUAUGGGCAGCUGGUGCAGGGGUGGCUCACAGCCCCCCCUCAACGCUCGUGUGGAAGAGCCAGAACAGCUGGGGCAUGGGGGAGAGCUACCGCACCAUCCUGGUCAAUGCUGAUGGAGAGGAAGUGGCCAUGAGGGCCGUGAAGCAGUCCUCGGUGGUACGGGAGAACGGGGAGGAAGAGGAGGAGGAAGCUGAGUUUGGCGAGGAGGACCUUUUCCACCAGCAGGGGGACCCGAGGACCACCUCGAGAGGCUGCCGCCUGAUGUGAACUCAACACUCUUCAUUCUCACAUCUUUCCUUACCCAGAGCCACUGGAAACUAUUUUUAUAUCAUUGGCUUUCUUUAGUCCUUGAUACAUUUCUAGAGAAUUUUUAAGCAAACUGCCAGAACGUGGGGGCGGGUCUCUGUCGAUCUUUCCUGUCGGUGGCUUUCCUCGGACCCUCCUUUGUCACUACUACACCACUGUCCGGGAGACUUUGGUUUUCCCUCCUAUUUCACUAUUUGGUUGAAUUUGAGGCACAGAGCCAGGAACCUGAACCCUGGAGGCUGAAAGGGACUGGGGCUUGGAGCAGGAGGACGCUUCACCGCCUGUGUCCCUCCAUCGCAGACCAGGGCCUGGAGGGACAGAGUGCGAAACUGCGUAGGAAUUCAGUAGUUGUGGGGUGUGCUUUUAAAGCUUUUUAAAACCAAAUUGAGAAUUCAGGUUCCGGCCUGGUCCCCGGGGCAGGACUUACUCUGUGGCCUGGGCUUGGAGAGUGUGCCGUGAUUCCCGUUCUGAUGGCAUGGGCGGCAGGCUGGGCGUCUCACCCUCCACUUCCUGGGCCUCGAUUCUGAAGCUUUCCACAGUUCUGUUCCUAACCGUGCAGGCCCAACAGGACAGGAGAGGAAACCUGGGAAACUGGGACAAGCCCGUUCUAUCUUGUCACCAAGGUGAAUGGGAAGGGAACAAAUGGAGGGGACACUUGAUAACCAUGAGUUUCAGAAGUUUUCUGUGUGUAACACAGCCAGUUCCUGACCCUGCAGUGGGAGAGAUUUCGGGGUGGGCCACUAGCCUCGUCCCCAUUUCCGGCUCUCAGUUCCUGGGGCUGAGUGUAGCGUAACCUCCCUGUUGCUGUCUCCUAUAUAUAUACAAGCAUAUAUCGAUAUUGUAGCUUUUAUGUAACUUUCUCGCUGAAAUCAUGUUUCUCAGACUGACAUGCCAAUGCCAAUGACCCCUUAUCUCGAUGGCUCCGAAUCCCAGUCGAGCUUCUGCUGGCCCGGCACCCCUUUCUGCAAUAGCUCACCGUUUACACCCCUCCCACAUAGAUACACAGAAGUUAUUUUUUUAAUGGAUAUUUAUUUUUUUACAUUGGUCAGUACACAGAUUGCCGGGACCCCCAUUCAGCGGCUCGCACCAGGGCCGCAAGGACGAGCUGACCAUUCUCUGAGAGGGUGGCAUGGGGGCGAGGACCUGUCUCAAAGAGCUCUGAGCCUCCCAAACAGCAAACUUCCUUCAAAAAGCGCAGGUCCAGUCUUAAGAUGCCACUUCUGAGCCACAGAUGCGUGCCCUGCUGCUCCCUGCCCACAGGGCAGCUCCCACCCUCACGCUGCAGCGUGGCUUCCCUUGGGAAUUAUUUAUGGCUGGGAGGGAAUGAGAGGCCUGAGUCCCAGGCCAGGAAAGUGCCUGUGGCUGACAAAACGAAAACACUGCUUUGGCACCUAGGACCAACCAGCUGCCCCUUGCUUUUGGAAGUCUCCUUCCUGGUGACAGUUCCCUGCAUCGUGUGUCACUCUUUCCUGUGUAAAGUGGAUCUUACCAAAGCAGUUCCUCAUGGAAGGCACAGACAGGCUACACUGCCAUUCCCAGGUCUGGCUGGCCUGCCCUGGCGACUGCCCUGACAUGUUUCCCUUGGCCAGACCUCUGAAGCCUCCUGCUCUCCCCUUCCCCAUCUUCAUAGCAGCAACCACAGGGUACUGGACCAGCAGCCUUGGUGCCAGUGAGGGCUCCAGAGGGUAGGUCCUGGUGGUCCCCAGACAUGUCACUGGGCUCAGCCACAUCCUAUGUAUUUUGGAAAUCUGGAGGAUCAAAGUUAUUUGGGUCUAUGGUUUACUCAAACUGCUUUCUAGGCCAGUCUCAGGGAAUGGGAGAAGGCCCCCCCCGCCGGCAGGUUCAGGUGUCCUGAAGUAUGUCCCCAGGCCCACAGGUCCCAGGUGCUUAGAUAGGGGUUGCUCCUGGCAGAGGCUACUCACCUCCAAGCUGGUUCUAGUCUUUGCCCCAACCCAGUGUGGACUGGGUGGCCAGCUGGUGAUUGGAGGUUGAUGAUAGUCAUUGGUAAUCAAAUAUUUGUGAACACAGUGGAAUCCAAUUUUUUAAAAAGUUGGCUGUGGCCUGGGAAACAAUCUGCACUGGUCUGAAAUAAGCUCAGCUGAUGCCUCUUAGAACAAAGUGGAAAUGAUUCCUUUGUGCACACCCAUGUCGUGUGACUCCAAGCGCAGUGUCCUUCCUAGAGGAGAGACAUUCUCUGCCUGCCCCCGGUGACGGAGGCCCGUGCUGCUGGACCACUGGGUCAGGGCUGCAGGGGGCUCCCUGGGUUGACACUAAACCCCUUCCCACUGACCCCAGGAGCCAGCAGGAGGGGAGUCUGGGGCUAACCCAGAACCUGAUCAUGCACCAGUUUUCAUGACAGUGAUGGCUUUUAACUUGGGUUUGUUUUUAAUCUACACUUAGCAGUUGUAUUUAUAUUAAAAAUCUGAGUCAGAACUGACAUUCCUCGUGGACAUGCCACUUUAGCUGUCCUCAUGUCCCUACGUCAGGCGGAGUGCACAGCACAACUUGCAGAUGGGACUGGGCUUCUACCACCCGGGCUGGUUUUUAGAUGCAUGCCAAACGUGUGGUUUUGUCUGUCCCCCAAUAAUUUGUAAUAUACAUUUUAUGACUGGAAACUUUUGUACAACACUCCAAUAAACAUUCUGGUUUUAA